AUGGCUGCCACUGAUGUCGCAAGGAUAAUAAUAGUUGUGCAGUUUUUUAUUUUUGGAAUGUAUAGCGUUCUUUCAGAAAAACCGAUGUUGUUUACAUCUUUCCAUUAUUCAAACAUAGUAAAAAUUUGUAUAGAUAAACAAUGGCAACAAUACCAUGCCAGCUCAGAUGGUAAUAUAGUAUUUUUAACAGCAGAUAUCAAACAGCGUGUCUUGUACUGGGUCACAAAGAAUGGAUACUUCUCUAUGGCUCUGGACGGCAAGAAGACGGUUGUGAAUCUGUCAAAGAAAUUCGGAAAUAGAUUAAUUUUCAAAGAAUUUUUACAGCGCGCUGUGGUUUUGCGAAAAUUAGAUGAUAUAGAGUUUUUGGUACACGAUGGAGAGAUAAUAUUCGCUGCUAUUCAUUGGGGUUUGAUGAAAUUUGAUGUGAAGAAGAACAAACAAGUUUUCAGUUUGACAAAUUCAAAUAUAAAGAAAUUUAACCCUAUAAGUUCUCUGCAUGAGAUUGAUACUCAUGCUAAUGAAGUCUGUUUGUAUUGGUAUGGACCAGGUGAACAAUUAAGCAGAUAUUUUAUAAAAUCUAAUAUAAACCAAGUGGUUGUUCAGUUGAGCCAAUCUAACUGGAUGCCUUUGAAUGUGUACCAAAAACAUCUUCCGGGUCAUAAUUACACUGGUCCAGGUACUAGGUUAGAUCUACGAUUAGACGAAAACGAUAAACCCAAACCAGGUUCUUUAUCUUUAGAAAUUAAACAACCUAACACUACAGCAUGGAUAAAUAAAGCAAAACCUUACUUUGUGGAUCAAAUCGGAGACACACUUCAAGGUGAUUUAGAUAUGAACAAUUUCAAAGUAACUAAUUUAAAAUCUCCGGAAAAUGAUAAUGACGCUGUUCACAAGAAAUAUUUACGGGAUCAAAUAAAUUCAAUUGAAGUAAAUAAAAACCAUUUAGAAGCUAAAAUAAGUAAUGUGAAAAGAUUCUACAAACGUCAGCUAAUUAAUAAAUUUUUUAUCAAUGAUACUAAACUACAACAAGGCGUAGCAGGUUUAAUAAGUUUUAUUCAAAAACAAUUGUUCAAUGUAGUGAACAAAACUCAGUUACAAAAUUUAAUUUUAUUAAUAUCUAAAUUAGAUGAUAAGAUUGCAAAACAGAAAUUAGACAUUCAACAAUUAAUAGAUAGCAUUCCAGAUGAAAAUGAAGAUACAUUUCAACAGGAAUUGAUGAUCUGGAGACUAAACUUAGCAGUCAAUUACAAAAACAAAAUACAAAAUAUUGAUGAUAGUGUUAUUCAACAAGAGAUAACCACUAUUAAUAAUGAAGUUUUAAAACAGGAAAAAAAUAUAGCCACAUUAGAAAAAAAUCUCAAGGAAGAAAAAUAA